CUCUGAAACAGGCCACCCGUGCCUUCAUGGGAAAUGGAUUGUGUGUGUGCGUAAAACAAACAAAAAUGCACGCCUUGGUGAAUGUCUUUUUGCGCUGCCUCUCCUUCCUUUUGCCUCCCUCUUGGCUUUCUGUCAGCUCUUGCUUGUGGGUUGGGAAUGCAUGCGAGAAGACCAAUCCCGACGCUCGUUUCAAAAGCAGAAAGCCUCUUACAUAUGAGGAAGUAAAAGCAGCAGAGGCAGUGGCGGCGGUGGCAGUAGAAGCACACGGAGGCUCUAGUCCACCACCGUCGCUCAUACUAGGUCAAGGCUGUGUCUCGCCGGCUGCUACAAGCCCCACUGUUCCUCAGAGCCCUACAUCGGGUCGGAUCUGGAUCAGGGGUCUGUGGCGAGCCGUGGAGCGCGUCUUCCGAGGACCCUGGAUCUUCCUCCGCCAUCGCUGGUGCCAGAAGAAGCAUCGCGCCCCGUAUCCCGUGCGUUCUAUCGACUCUGACAAGACGCUAGGCUUUCAGGGCGACACUGCUGUCACACGCCGAAGAGCGAAGGAGAUCACCGAAAGCACCUUAUCUUACUCCGAGAACAUGAGUGGCUCCGUGGGCAUCCACAAGAUGAAGACAUCGAAGUGUAUUUCAGACGGAGUCGAUGAGGUAAUCACAGUGGAUAAGCUCUCGCAAGAGAUGGGGACCGUGACGAUAACUGUGGCCAUUCAAGCUGCGGAGGACGAGGAGCCGGAGGAGUUGUCAUCCAGUAAUAUUGACAUCCUCGGGGGCAGCUGUAGUGAAGACGAAAUGGGACGGCAUGACAAAUCAAGUGGAGCAGGGACCAGCGGAGGUGAACUGGAGGAGGAAAGUUGGCAGCCCCCAGAUCCAGAACUCAUCAACAAGUUGGUUUCUCAGAUUGAGUAUUACCUGUCCGAUGAGAACCUGGAACAUGAUGCCUUUCUGCUAAAACAUGUGCGACGUAACAAACUGGGAUUUGUCAGUGUCAAGUUGCUCACCUCUUUUAAAAAGGUAAAGCACUUGACUCGUGACUGGAGAACCACUGCCUAUGCUCUGAGACAUUCCAACAUAUUGGAGUUAAAUGAUGAGGGACGAAAAGUGCGACGCAAGUCUGCCGUCCCUGUCUUUGCUAGUGAGUCUUUGCCAAGCCGCAUGCUACUGUUAAGUGAUUUGCAGAGGUGGCCAGAACUGGCUGCACUGACAAAGGAAAACGGGGGCAGUGAGGGAGGUGCCCAGCAGGAGCAGCUGAUGAAGCUGCUGCUUAAAGCUUUUGGAACAUAUGGUGCCAUAGCCUCUGUCAGGGUCCUGAAACCUGGAAAAGACCUGCCUGCCGAUCUGAAGAGGCUAAGUGGUCGCUACACUCAGCUUGGCACUGAGGAAUGUGCCAUUGUUGAAUUUGAGGAAGUGGAGGCUGCUGUCAAAGCUAAUGAAGCAGUGGGGAGUGAGGACGGAGGGUCUAGUUCACUUGGGUUAAAAGUGGUUCUCAUUGGCACCAAACCACCAAAGAAAAAAGUACCAAAAGAGCGGCCAAGAGAGGAAGGAGGGAUACGCAAAAGUCGCUCUCUCAACAGCAGAGUUCGAGAGCUUCAGUACCAUGGAGACGAUUCAGCCUGCAGCUCAUCAGAAACUGAGAGUAAUCCAACGUCACCAAGGCUAGCCAGAAAGUCCCUGUCCUGCAACAAGCUCAGCCCCACAACAGCAGGCAUCAGCUUCCAAAACAAUCACCUGAGCCCUGGAAUGUCCCCACGCAACAGCCCCUGGUCUAGUCCUCGAGCUAGCCCAUGCUCUCAGCGCAAGGCCCCACCCUCACACAAAUCCCCCUUGGCCAGUGAGGGCCGUCUUAGCCCGGAGGUUGGCCGUCGGUGGGCAGACUACUCCUCAGACAGUAGCCUCACGCCUUCAGGAAGCCCCUGGGUUCAGCGUCGAAAGCAGGUGGCAUCUCAAGAGAGCAGCCCAGUAGGGAGCCCUAUGCUGGGCAGAAAGAUUCAGAACGCUGAUGGUCUACCACCCGGUGUAAUGAGACUACCCAGGGGCCCAGAUGGAACUCGUGGCUUUCACUGUGUUACAAUUGCAGAGAGAGGAAAGACUGCUGCUACUCAGACUUGAUUUGAGUCUUUUGCAGCCUUCACUCACAUAAAUGAGAAAAGGUUACAUUGAACUUGCAAUUUUCAUGUUGGGUCGGUCAGCCCUAAGCAGCAUUUGAGACUGUGUAGAUAUAUUUUUGUUUUGAGUUUUCAGUCUUUGUUAUAUUUUUAUACAACAUCUUCAGUUAAUUUGAUAAUAUUUGGAUUUUUUGAGGGGACAUGAGUGAAUGUAUUCAUAGAUAAUAUUGCUUUAGAAGAAAAGAAAAAAAAGCCAUGACAUUAAAUUGUGUAAUCCCCAUUUUGUUUUUCAUUAUGUGUCCUAUCAUAAAGUUUGGAUGUGUAAUAAGCUCACAACGUUGUCUGUGGAUGGUGUAUUUAUGGCAUAGGCAUGCGAACAUGCAAUGUCACCAUUUGCCUUUUCUGUUUGUGUCUACUGUGAGUUUAAUUUCUCCAUGCCGUUAUACAGAGGUCAUAUUUGCUCCUCUACUCUUGACAUCGAACAGGUACAAUUUGCCAUUUUUAUUAAACUUUUCUUUCUUUUAUGUUAGAAUGCUUAUGAUUCAUUAACACAUUGCUGAAAUGUCUAGCCCUAAAAUUAAGCAUUUGCUGGGCAGGUAGCUACUAUUUAUUUUGUUUUAGAUUUAUUUUAAGAGUCACAGUUUAAGCUCACGGUAUGAUAUGAGGGAUUAUAGGGAAAAGAACUAUAGAUGCUCUUUUGUUCUUAUCUUUGUAUAAGAGCUGAGGUCUUUGUACAGUGCAAAAUCUAUUGUACAAAUAAAUCACUAAAAUUGCAAA